UGUGCUGCUUUCAGUUUCGUUUGAAAUCUCGCUAAGCGUGCGAUGUGCGCGCAGUUUUGACGCCAGAACAAACGAGCCAUACAGAACCUUUACAAUGUCGAAUCUUCUGCUUCUGCUGCUGUUUUGCAUCAUCUAUAAUAGCGGAACCUCCACUAUACCUGUGAGAGGAAGAAAGGGAGGCGACGCCAUACUGACAUGUGAAUACAAGGCCAGAGAGAUUUCAGAUAUUCGUUUCAUUCGUCACAGAAAACGCAUCCACUUUGCUGUCAUCCCUGUUUGUCCGAAUGAAGAACAUAAACGUGCGCGUGCGCGUGCCCGAGUAUGUAAAAAAGAAGCAUGUGACGUCGUCAUCAAGGAUCUGAUCUUCAGUGACGCUGGGAAAUACAUUUUUAGAUUCGAUUACAAAAAUGCUCUGACAGAGCUGGAGUACCAACUUUAUAUUUAUGAUGAGUUUUCUGUGAAAAUCAGUGAGAAGCUGAAGUUAGAUGUUCUGUUGUCUAAUGCUGAUAAAGUGCAGCAUCAGAGAAGAAGCAGCACAGAGUGGAAGGAUGUCUGGAAGAGAGGCCAUGGUGUUCAAAAUGACCAGCUGAAUGACAGAGAUGGAAACCUGAUCAUCAAUAACUUUACAGCCAGUGAUGCAGGAACUUACAGAGUUUUGGGCUCUGAAGGAGAACUCUUGAUCAUAGUGACUGUUGAAGAAUCUCCAGGAUCUCCAGAAUGUCCAGAAACUCCAGGACCAACGAACGGACCCAAGAGUGACGCUAUACAAAACAAUCACUGGAUUGGACCAGCCAGGCAGCCUGUGUGUUUUUGGGUGGUUCUUUGGUGGCUCUGCCUCUUUUAAAAGAACAAGGAUGCACCAAUGUCUGGAUGGAGGUCUGAGUAGGUACUACGUUUGAUGAAGAACUAUCGUCAUGACUGUUAAACAGUAUAUGUUCUAUAUGGCAUGAAUUUAAUCUAGAUGUGCUACAGCUGUCAUAUUGUCAUGUGAGCUAUGAUCCCGAAAGUAGUAGGUCAUCCAGGUACUUUUUGUCUGCUGUUUUAUGAGUACUACGCCCUAUCUGAACAGUAAUUAGUUCUCAUGGGGAUGUAAUUUUUUUUUUCAGUUUACAGGGGUUAGACAGUGAUUUUAUUGCCGUCCGAAUCUAGAAUGUCAGUGUUUUUCUCCCACCACUUGUAUAACAAUUCCCUGACCAAAUAGCCUGCUGUUUUUUUUUAACAAACAAAAAGGUCAUGUGGUAAUUUCACUGCUGUCCGAAUCCACAUCUCUGAGUUUACAAGAAGGGAUCAAUUCAAAAUGCACUGUUUAAAUUCGUUUUGACCACUGCUGAACACCGUACGGGAACUGUUGCACUUCGCUGUGAUUUGCAUGCAUUUUAAAGAUGUACAUUUUUUUAUUACUGAAAUGCUGGAAAGUAUUUACAAACAAUAUUCAGUGCUCCGUGAGUUCACUUUGCUCAGGUGCAUCAGUGCUCCUCCACAGCGAGUGAGAGCUGUUUACAAAUAAACAUUUCUGGCAUAUUUAUUUAUUUAUUUAUUUAAAUUGAUUAAUAGUGUGCUU